AUGAAUUCCUCUUCUUUCAAUGCUCGCCAAGGCGACGACAAGAAGUUUAACCGUUUCUGCGUCUUUAUCGAUGCAGCAAACAAGUCCAUCGAAGAAAACCAUAAUGAUUCGGUUUCUUCUCAAGUCAACAACACUUCCAAAUUUGUUAGAAGAAUAGAAGAACAACCAGCUUCUGCCUCUUCAUCAACCUUGACCAGUCCCUCGGUACCUGCUGAACAACACCAACAAUCGAAGGGAAACAAGAGACGCUCGAGAAACGACGACGAAGAAGAAGUUACUUGUGAAGAUGAAGAUAUGCUACAACUUGAGAGCGACAGCGACGACGACUCUGAGGACGAGGAUUUUCUCGACGACUACACCACAGAAGAAGAAGGUUAUGAGAGUAAUGGCACAGAAAAGAUCGUCACUCGUUCUAAAUUGCAAAAAUUUGAACCUCGUUGCAAGAAAUCAAAACCCUCUAACGAGGUGCAGGACUCUGAAGAUGAGGAAGAUGAAAAAGAUGCAGGGAUGUGCAACAUCAUUCCAAUUCUUCGUUUAAGUGCUGAUUUUGUUCCAGGUGAGCUUGAAAACAUUGAUAACGUUCCUCCUCUCACCAAAUAUAUCCAAAUGAGAAGACCAUCGGUGAAACCUCCUCAAGCGUCUGACAACAACAGCGUCCACGCCAGUCCAUCCACAGAACCGCCUCCUGUGAGGUGUUUUGUUAUGGACGCUGGUUCCAGCUAUUGUAAAGCCGGAAUGAUUUUGAUUCAUCCAAACGACCUCCCCAUCGUCAAGCCAAUAAGAUUUGGGGAGGGCGAAUUUCUUCCCUCUACUUUGUACUACUCUCCUUCCAGCAGAUUGUUUAUGGUGGGAUUAGAAGAAACUGAUCUUCAAAAGAAGGCUCCUGGCUUUUUCCCAAUACCCAAUGUAAAAAAGCUUCAUACCAUUUAUGAAAGUGGUACCUAUUCAACCACCAUGAACGGAGAACAAGUCAUGUUUCAUGUGAGUGACUUGAUUUAUCAAUUUACCAAGUGUUGCUUGAACAAAAUGAGGCUCAGUCGUGACGGUAGUUCUGGGAACAUUGCGUUGAAAUUUGAACAUGCUAUUUUUACCAUCCCAACCGAAACCUCGGACACGAUCAAACUCAUCUACAGAAACGCUGUCAAGAAGGCCAUUGACGAAUCUUUUGAGCAUCCGAUCAAGAUUGAAAACAUUUUAAUUGUUGAAGAAGCACUCUUGUUGAAAUAUGCAGCUGAAGAAACAUGCUCACUCGAAAAACAUUCUUCACAAGUGACCGUUAUUGUAGACCCUGGUCAUUUAACCACAGACAUUGCUGUUGUUAUGGGUAAUGUAUUACUGGACAUGUCGAGAGAAGUUGCUGGUGCGGGCCUGAUCUACAACAUGUUAAGGAACAAGCACAACAUGGAUCCAGAACAGAUUAUGAAGGAUGUUUUCAAUGAUGCGGUAAAUCCAUAUGAAGCGUUGAAAUAUGUUACGGAAGACAUAAUAAGAGAAUUCCAAAGGAUUGUCAAUGCUGUUUUCGACACCAUCAUUGAAUUUAAUGCAAGCUUGGUCGUAUUUUGUGGAGCCAUUAUGAAUCAACAGUACUUUUUGGAUAUUAUUAAGGAAUUGGUCCAGCCUUCCAAAUUGAAUGAUUUUAUUCAUGACAAUAUUCGUUUCCGGUAUAUUAAGGAAGAGCAUAGAAGCAAAAAUUAUACCUUUACAUUCCAAAGUGUAAAAUCACAUCAGAGUUCUUUGAUUUUGGGAGCCUACGGACUGGUCAAAGAAUCGGUAAUGCGUUCUCAAGAAGAACCUAUUCCAAUCAUGUUCUUAAGCAAACAAAUCGCUCAAAGGCAAUACUUUGGAGGUUUGCUCUAUUUGAAGGAUGAAAAGGAAUAUGGAAUUGCUGUCAGCGAUUGUGUCUACGAUUUGUAUGCCCGACAAGACAUUGAGCUAUUUAUUGUCGGUCUUAGAAAUAUCUACAACGCAGAACAAAUUAGAAAAGACGGCAUUUCCAAACACAACUUUGAAAAAGUGGGAAUUGCUCAGUUGAUCCGAUUUUCCACUCUCGAGGUUCUAUUUGAUUAUAAGAACUUUGUUAUCUCAUGUCCUAAAAUGUAUAUCCAAACCAAGGUGGAUCCUGAAGCAUUCGCUUUAACUUUCUGGUAUACUAGAGGACGAAGUACAUUCAAAUCGAACCUUUUGAUCGAUCGCAAAGGAAGAAUAGAAACAGUUCCAAUCAAUGAGGCUGGUGAUUAUUUAUUUGAGAAAGAAGAUGAGACUCUGACAUGGUUUGGUGUGGAAUAUGAUUGUUCAUUCUUGAUUCGAGGCAUUAAUAGUCGUUAUGUUACUAAAACGCAUAUUAAGGCCAACGAACAAUGGAGUGAGGUUGCUCUUGAGGAGCUCACGCCAAAUUACGGAAACCAUUAUGCCAUUCCAUUCAUCAACGAAGGUGUUGACAAAUCUCAAGUGGACAAGAUUUUGAAUUCUGAAAAGUGCGUGGUGUGUGCCAAGGCAGCGCCAAAUCCAACAAUGCGGGUCUCCGUUACAAAUAUUCUCAAGGUGAGCCAAGCUUUAAACUUUGAUAUUUCAAGCGGUCCCAAAUACGGUCCUCUUUGCAACACAUGUAACUCCACUUAUCUGAGCAACAGACGUAGAAAAAACAAAAAGAAAUAA